AGUGGAAUGUGACUGUUAUAGCUUUAUCUUUUUAUAUUUUCUUUUAUAAAACAAAGUUAAAGACUUGCCAAUCAGCAAACACUUAAAUUACACAACUUUACCCUCCAUUAUAAAAAGUUACAUUGAGCCACCCAACUACUUUAUAAUCUCGUCAUUUACACCCCCAAAAUUGUUAAAAUUCUUUAAUAAAAUCCCUCACAUUGAUACUAAAACCUUAUCAUAACUCACUCUAAUUCUCUAACAACUCAAGAACAAAAAAAUGUACGUGACAAGGACAUUGUCGCAGUUCAGAAAAUAUCAGAAGACGCUCUCGGAGGAGUCACCGGAAGGUCCGUUUUCCGGUGUUCUAGUUAUAACAGAUGAAGAAGCCGAAACAGAGGACACGUUCUGUUUCGGGAUGUGUACGAGGACAAAAAUCGAGAAGCUUCCGUUACCUCAAGACAAGAUCUUAUCAGUUGUUCACUUAGACAGUUCUGGUAACAGAGAGACUUCGGUUAAGAAGGUCUUGUUCAUACCGGCUCUCGAUCAACCAUUGUCUUCAAAUCGGUACUACGUCGUUCACGCUAGAGGCAGAUACAAAGGGAAAGUUUCCGUGUGUUCUAGGGAGAUAGAGAAAGGGGUAUGUUGUUUUCCAGAUAUCUUGCAUGACAAGAAACCUAAACCUUUGGAUCCAAGAAACAUAUAUCAGACGGUUAAGAUCAACCGGCAUCACGACCGGACGUUCUUUGGGAAAUCAGUGGCACCAGAUGGUACACCGCCUUCAUUUCUCAAGAAGAAAGGAUGGGAGCUGCGAACCUCGAGGAGCCUACAUCCGAGGAGACCUAGAGAAGCUCUAGGCCUAGACGAUGAGCUAAGAGCCCGUCUCCCUGCAUUCGGAUUCCCAGUCUCUACAAUUCGGUCAGGGAGCGUGAUAGUAGGAGAAUGGUAUUGCCCGUUUAUGUUUGUGAAGGAGAAUUGUAGUUUAAGUUACCAAAUGAGGAAGUCAAUGUUCUAUAGGAUCACACUAUCCCAAUACUGGGAACGGAUCUAUCAUUGUGAAAACAAUGACGCCCACAACAAUAUUGACGAAAACAAUGAUGACAACGAAGAAGAAGUGGUGAGCGUAGAGGCGAACGUCGUGAGAGAGGCCAACUAUGUGAAGGGUAUGGAGGCGGUUAAGGGGGAGAAAGAAGGGCAUGGAGGAUUUCAUUGGUAUAGGCAAGUUCAAGGUCCACGGGGACCGGGGGAGAGGAGGAGGAAAAGGGGUGUAAGUUCUCCGGUGGGGCUGAGUUUUGUGGUGGUAGAAAGGAUGAGAAGAGUAAUGGAGGAAGGAGGGUGGGUGGGUGGAGGAAGGAAGGUGGUGAGAGUGGAGAGAGAUGAACCAAUUAGGAUUUCUAGAAGAGAUUGGAGGAGAUUUGGGUGUUAUGUGUUGGUGGAGAGUUUUGGGCUGAGAAGAGCAGAUGGAGUUUUGUUGGUUAAAUGUGUAUUUAGACAUACUAAUAGACUUAGAUGUAACUGGGAGUAACUAUAACUCUUCCUCUAUGUAAUUAAAGUCCUAAGCCUGGGACCUGCUUAUGGAUUAUGUUUUACAAAAUGUAGUACUUCUUCCUAAAUCUUUACUCUAUAGUGUGAUGAUGGAAACAAAAAAGAAACUCGGCCAACAGAUUAUAACUCUA